AUGGACGCGAGGUCCUUUCUCAGCGAGGAAAUGAUCGCUGAGUUCAAGGCCGCCUUUGACAUGUUUGACACUGAUGGUGGCGGUGACAUCAGCACCAAGGAGUUGGGUACUGUCAUGAGGAUGCUUGGACAGACCCCAACCAAAGAAGAGUUGGAUGCAAUCAUUGAGGAAGUAGAUGAAGAUGGCAGCGGUACCAUCGACUUUGAAGAGUUCUUGGUCAUGAUGGUGCGCCAGAUGAAAGAGGAUGCGCAAGGAAAAAGUGAAGAGGAAUUGGCUGAAUGCUUCCGCAUCUUUGACAAAAAUGCUGAUGGAUACAUUGAUAGUGAAGAGUUGGGUGAGAUCCUGCGUUCUUCAGGGGAAAGCAUUACAGAUGAAGAGAUUGAAGAGCUCAUGAAGGAUGGAGACAAAAACAAUGAUGGAAAGAUUGACUUUGAUGAGUUUAUCAAGAUGAUGGAAGGUAUACAAUAA